GUAUUCUAUCCGUUUAUUAUUAUCAUUUUUUCUUAUAUUUAUUUAGCUGUCUGCAUUUAUUUUUUACUUUUUGUCGAAAUUAAUGUUUUUUUCUUUUCUUUAAUUGUUUUUUUCUUUUGAUAUUGUUGUUGUGUUGUGAUUCUAGGGUUUUGGUUUUUUUUUUUGGUGAAUUGUGGUGAUCAAAUUUUUCUUUUUGUGAUUUUGUUGAAUUGUGACAGGGUCUGUUUGGUUUAUGAGAAAACUGAUAGAUAAGGGAGGGGAAGUGUUUGGUUUCCGAGAAAAUUGAGGGGGAAUGGUGUUUGGGCUUGGAAAAGCUUUGAACUUGAUGCGAAAGGAUUAAGCUUUAUAACGUUUUUUUUUAUUAUUAGUUUUGUAAUUAGGGACUUGGGAGGUUAUGUAUGAACCUGAAUUAUUAAGGAGAAUUAGAGCUGGAUGGAUUGGAAUACAAAUCUUGUGUUUGAACUGUUUUUCCAUUGUUAAUGGUUGUUUCAAAAUUGUGAGAUAAAAGACAAGUUGUGUGUUAAAGGGUGUUUUUAAGCUUGAAAAGGAAUGAACUUGGGUGAGAGAAGGAUUGGAGAUUUUUUUUAUUCUUCGUUUUGUUGUAAUUAGGGGUUUAGUGGUUUAGGAUUAAUAUAUUAUUAACGAAAAUUAGUGCUAGAUUCAAUGGAAUUCAAACUCAAUCGUCAACUAUUUCUUAAAUGCUAAGUUGUAAUUUGAUUUUGCUAAGGUUUAUUCUCCGUGUUCUAAUUGUUAUUGGUUAUUUAAGUAAUUGGAUGCUCUGCAAUGGAAAAUUUUUCUGACACGCUAACACCUUUUUUUACCUUUUUCCUUUUGCUUUUGGGUGCUCCUGGCUGCAUAAUUUACUGAGUUCUAGUAUUUAUUCGAAUCCCCACUACUUAAUCCUUUGCUUAAGUGUGAGCACCUGGACAAUCUGAUGCUAAAUUACAUGUUUAGACCCUUUUUCAUCAAAUCUAAUAUUUCUUGAAGCCUCAAGGAAAUAGCAUGUAAAAUAAAAUAGACUAAUGAAGGAUAUUGUCACAUAGAAGGUUAUUCAGCUUGUUCUCCUUUUCAUUUCCAAUAUCAAGAGAUGUCGAGCGGACCAGUGAGAAGGGUCUUACCAAAAGACAUACAAGUUGUGCAAAAUCUCAUAGAGCGGUGUCUUCAACUGUACAUGAACCAGACUGAAGUUGUGGAAACGUUGUUGGCUCAAGCAAAGAUUGAGCCUGGUUUCACUGAACUUGUUUGGCAAAAGCUUGAAGAAGAGAAUGGUGAAUUCUUCAGGGCUUAUUAUUUGAGGUUGAAGGUAAAGCAACAAAUAGAGGAAUUCAACAAGCUGCUUGUGCAGCAGGCUCACUUGAUGCAUGACCUAAAUUCAACCGGAGUUGCCCCAAUGCCUCCUUCUAAUGGAUUUCAUAUCUCACCAUUGCACCAGAAUACAGCAUGCUAUGGUCCAGAUCAUACAGGACCGACCUUGAAGCCAGAGAGCAUGCAUCACCCCAUUGGCUCCAGUUUGACAAAUGCAUACACUAAUGGUGGAUCAUCAUUGCACUCAAGUAUGCAUGCUGCUGUUGAAAUAUCUGCUCGUGCCAAUAGAAUUGAUGCACCUCCAAACAUGCUUUCAAUGCAGAGCUCAAACAUUGGUCUGCUGCAAGGAAUGAAUGGGGGAAUGAUCAAAUCAGAAGCUGGUUAUUCGGGUACUUCCCCUUACAUGUUUGGUGCUGAUGGCAAUGUCCUAGAAGCACGCCCAUCUAUUGCGGAUGCAUCUGUUGCAUCUUUCAGCAGCGUAGACUCCAGUUCGCAAGCCUUGAAUGAGUCUAUUCUGGACGCAGACACUUCUUCAUUUGGAUUUUUAAGUCAGAUUCCUCAAGUUUUCAGUCUCUCGGAUCUGACAGCUGAUUUUACCCAGAGUUCAGAAAUAUUGGAAAACUAUUCAAGAUCACCUUUUCUAGCAGCAGACAAUGAUAACUUCCCAGAUUCUCGUGAAAGAGAACAUCCAGGAGAUAAUAGAAGGCUGGACUCCAUAUCAGAAGGCAUGAGUUAUGAUGAUUUUGGAAGUGAAUAGUAGCCUUAGAAUUUCUAUGGUCCAACUGCAUCCCUAGUACAGGUUUUGUAAAUAGCAAUUUAGCUUGGGAGAAGCUUCAGAUGUAGAAACCACUGGAGAUAUUGAUUGGCGUGUAAAAUUUCGCUGACUUCUGUAUGUAGUGAUGACUGUUGACAGUAGGAUUGUUUAGGGUGAAAAAAAAGUUCAAAAUAAUGCAACAGUACGUUUUCUAGUACCAUGAGAAUGCAUGGUAAUAAGUUAUACUAAAUCUAGGUGUUUGCAGAAACAUAUAUUUGCAGUUUGGUGUGAUUAUAAAGUUGUUCUUGUUGAUUGGUCCUUUGCAUUAUGUAAUAUUGGGAUUUCAUUUUUGAAUGAGAUUCUAAAUUUGAUAUCA